CCCAAUCUACUCCAAUUAUAUAAGCCUUACACUCCCUUUUCCCUUAUUCUUAAAAAAUCACUCAAGAACAAAUUCUUCCCUUUGCUCUAAAAAAUUGUAGAUCAUUAACUAGAAUUCUUUUUAUUUGACCUCGUCUCUAUCCGAGUACGAUCUUCAUUCAGCUUAUCCUCCAUCCUCAGUAUUUCUAGAACAGAAAAUUUUGGUUAAGUUCUUACUGUAUUUCUAUUAUAUAUGGCACUUGAAGCAUUGAAUUCUCCGACUACUUCAUGGCCGUUAUUUCAGUUAGAUAAAGCCGGCCUAAGCUCUUUUAGGCGGUGGCUGAAGGGUAAGCGAUCAAGGCGACCACAGAACGUGAAACAAAAUGAACCCACUGAAGAAGAACAUUUAGCUAUUUGCCUUAUGAUGUUAGCUCGUGAAGGCGGCACCACCACAACAGGGAAACUACUGCAGAAAAAAUCGCAAUCAGAAACCCGUCUGCCACCAGAUUCUACGACGGUUUUGUAUGAGUGUUCGGUAUGUGGCAAAGCUUUCGGUUCUUACCAAGCUUUGGGAGGUCACAAGACGAUCCAUCGGAAGAUAACUGGCAAUGGUGGCGGACGCCAAGAACACCCCACAACCCCUGCCUCCGCCACCACCACUAUUUGUGGUGGCAGGACCCAUAAGUGCUCCAUCUGCCACAAGUGUUUCGCCACCGGACAGGCUUUGGGAGGCCACAAAAGGCGCCACUAUGAAGGAGGUGCCAGUGGCGGAGCUGCCAGCAGCGCCAUGGCAUCAUCAGAACGUGUACAGUCCACCGUUACUCACCGGGACUUUGACUUGAACCUGCCGGCGCUGCCACAAUUCUGGCCGGGAUUUGGCUCAGGUGAAGACGAAGUCGAGAGCCCUCAUCCGGCCAAGAAAUUUCGCCUUUAGAAGAAAUUGAUCUUUUGAAUUAUUGUGAUUUUUCUUUGACAAUAUGUUGGUCGAAAUUAUUUUUUAGGCACUCAUUGAGUCUCAUUUCUUUGUGUAUUCUUUUGGCUCAUUUCUUUUUAUGUUAUUCUACAAAUAAAAUUUGGGAUAUAUUAUUAGCCUCUCAAUA